AUGAAGGCGAAGGUUUGUUAUUUAUUCGAGACUUGAUUUUCGGAAAACAAAAUUCCACGUGGUUUUUAUGUGGAAAUUUUGAAACGUGGAAGAUUCUAGAAGCUUUUCAAAGGAACACUUUUGCCAUUUUCCAUAAGUUUUUAGAUCAAAGUUGUUGUCAAAUAAAAAUUUGGGCACAUGAAAUUUUCUACUGAAAAUCUGCGAUAUUUUUGGCAAAUAGUUGUUUCUAGAGGAUUUCUGAGCUUCAGAACAAAUUUUCCACGUGGAAAAUAACUUUCCUAACUCUUUGUCUUCUUUAAAAAUGUUUUUCAGAAUAUUCUACUACUCCUUGUCGCAAUAUGCCUAUCAAUCUCAAUCUCAAGUGUUCCUCUAAAUAAAGAAUGUGUAACAGAGAAAAGCUGCAAAAAACACGAAAAAUGCGUGAAUGGUUUCUGUUUUCAUAAAAACGAACAUGUUUUUGAAUGCAACACAAAAAAGGAUUGUCCGGAUUAUCAUAUUUGUAUGAAACAUGUUUGCUUGAUUGAUACAACUCGGAAAAAUUGA